GGCGCGCGGUGUCUGACCGCAAUCAGGCGAGCUUGCUGCUGAGAGCGCUCUCUUUGGCUGAAUCUCGUUGGGCUUCGCGGACGGUUAUGCCGAUAGGAUCCUCUGCGACCCUGUGCCGUUGCUCCAUCGUCACGGGGAAUAAAUCUUAGAACUCGCUGGGCCGCUCCCCGAAAGGCGGUAAUAUAUUUUAGACGCCCUCAUUUUCCUUCCAUUGGACACCGAGCCCAGCAUCUACCGCAUCUGCUGUGGGCACUUGUGCUGGGUGUUUGCUGCCUUGAAAAAUGGCUGCUGGACUGGAUCGGGUGGUUGCUCUUGUGGACAUGGACUGUUUUUUUGUUCAAGUGGAACAACAACAAAAUCCUCAUUUAAGAAAUAAGCCUUGUGCAGUUGUGCAGUACAAAUCAUGGAAGGGUGGUGGAAUAAUUGCAGUGAGCUAUGAAGCUCGUGCAUUUGGGGUCACUAGAAACAUGUGGGCAGAUGAUGCUAAGAAGUUAUGUCCAGAUCUUCUACUGGCACAAGUUCGUGAGUCCCGUGGGAAAGCUAAUCUCACUAAGUACCGGGAAGCCAGUGUUGAAGUGAUGGAGGUAAUGUCCCGUUUUGCUGUGAUUGAACGUGCCAGCAUUGAUGAAGCUUAUGUAGAUCUGACCAGUGCUGUACAAGAGAGACUACAAAAGCUGCAAGGUCAGCCUAUCUCAGCAGACUUAUUGCCAACCACUUACAUUGAAGGGUUACCCAGAAACCCUGCAACAGCAGAAGAGGCUGUUCAGAAAGAGAAGAUGCGAAAUCAAGGUUUACUUCAAUGGCUUCAUUCUCUUCAGUCUGAUGACAGCACUUCUCCAGACCUGCAGCUCACCGUGGGAGCAAUGAUUGUGGAGGAAAUGAGAGCAGCCAUAGAGAAGCAGACUGGUUUUCAGUGUUCAGCUGGAAUUUCACAUAAUAAGGUCCUGGCAAAAUUGGCUUGUGGACUAAACAAGCCCAACCGCCAGACUCUGGUCUCACAUGCGUCAGUCCCACAGCUCUUUAGCCAAAUGCCCAUUCGCAAAAUCCGUAGUCUUGGAGGAAAGCUAGGGGCCUCUGUCAUUGAAAUCCUAGGGGUGGAAUAUAUGGGUGAACUGACCCAGUUCACUGAAUCUCAGCUCCAGAGUCAUUUUGGGGGAAAGAAUGGGUCUUGGCUAUAUGCCAUGUGCAGAGGGAUUGAACAUGAUCCAGUUAAACCCAGGCAACUACCCAAAACCAUUGGCUGUAGCAAAAACUUCCCAGGAAAAACAGCUCUGUCUACUCGGGAGCAGGUACAAUGGUGGCUUUUGCAGUUGGCCCAGGAACUAGAGGAGAGACUGACCAAAGACCGAAAUGAUAAUGACAGGGUGGCCACCCAGUUGACUGUGAGCAUUCGUGUGCAAGGAGACAAACGUCUCAGCAGCCUUCGCCGCUGCUGUGCCCUUAGCCGCUAUGAUGCUUACAAGAUGAGCCAUGAUGCAUUUGCUGUUAUCAAGAAUUGUAAUACUUCUGGAAUCCAGACUGAAUGGUCCCCUCCUCUCACAAUGCUUUUCCUCUGUGCUACCAAAUUCUCUGCCUCUGCCCCUUCAUCUUGCACAGACAUCACCGUCUUCUUGAGCAGUGACCCCAGUUCUCUUCCAAAGGUGCCAGUUACCAGUUCAGAAGCUAAGACCCAGGCAAGUGACCCAGGGGUGACAGCCCCUAAGAAAGCAACCACUUCUCUGGAAUCAUUCUUCCAAAAAGUUACAGAAAAGCAGAAAGUCAAAGAAGCUUCACUUUCAUCUUUUACUGCUACCACUCAGGCCCUCACAAGCAAUUCACCAUCCAAGUUAUCACCUUUUCAAACCAGUCAAACUAUAGGAACUGAGUCUUUCUUUAAGCAGAAAAGUCUGCUUCUAAAACAGAAGCACCUUAAUUCUUCAGUUCCUUUCCCUCCACAAAAUCCCUGGCCUAACUCUGAAGGGUUAACAAAUAAUGUUCCAACAGAGAAUCCAAAUUGUGCCCCUGUUUGUGAAGGAGUGUUGAAGCUAGAAUUCUGUAAAGCAACUCCUGCAGUGGUGGAAUUGACCCAGGACAGCCCAAGCAUGCUUGCUUCUUCAGUUUCCAAGUCUGCUCUCGGCGUAGCUGAGAAGGCAACUACCAGUUCAAGUCUUCUAGCUGCUGAGGACCAGGUGCCCUGUGAGAAGUGUGGCUCCCUGGUACCAGUAUGGGAGAUGCCAGAACACAUGGAUUACCACUUUGCAUUAGAGUUGCAGAAAUCCUUUUUGCAGCCCCAGUCCUCAAAUCCCCAUGUUGUAACUGCCUCGUCUCCUCAAGGCAAAAGAAAUCCCAAGAGCCCUUUGGCCUCCGGUAAUAAACGCCCAAGGCCUGAGGGCAUGCAGACAUUGGAAUCAUUUUUUAAGCCAUUAACACAUUAGUGCUGCCCUCAGGCUUGCUAUGGGAUUGUAAUUUUUUUUUUUUUUUGAGACAGCAUCUCCCU